AUGCAGUUCAGGACGUCAGCGUUGGCCUCGGCGGCCUUGCUCCUCAGCGGCCAUGUUGCAGCUUAUGGCGACGCUCAGACUCCCCUUGUCGGCCCCGACCGGGAUGCGAUAUCGCCUUCUUCACGGCCAAACAUCGUUUUCGUCUUGACUGACGACCAAGACCUGCACAUGAACUCAUUGGAAUACAUCCCGCUGAUUCAAAAGAGGCUCAUCGAAGAAGGAACACUGUAUAAGAAACAUUUCUGCACGACAGCUGUAUGCUGCCCAUCGCGCGCAAGUUUGUGGACGGGCAAAUUGGCUCACAACACCAACGUCACCGACCUCAACCCACCAUAUGGCGGCUUCCCCAUCUUUGUGAAGAAUGGCCAUAACGAAAACUACCUGCCGAUUUGGCUGCAAAAAGCCGGAUACAGCACCUAUUACACAGGCAAAAUGUUCAAUGCCCAUACUGUUUGGAACUAUGACAGCCCUCAUCUGAAGGGCUGGAACUCUUCUGACUUUCUCCUUGACCCAAACACAUACGACUACUACAACGCCACCUUCCAGCGUGACCAUGAGAAGCCAGUCAACCAUCUCGGCGAGUACUCAACGGACCUGGUGGCAGAAAAGGCUUACGGAUUCCUUGAUGAUGCCGUCGACGCUGGCAAGCCCUUCUUCAUUGGCAUUGCUCCCAUCGCCCCGCACAGCAACGUCAAUUCCAGUAUCCUUCUUCCCGUCAAGGGCCCAGACGACAACGUUCCCGUAUCUGACGACAAGUUUCGAGUCAGCAUCCCGUUAGCUGCCAAGCGACAUCAACACCUCUUUGAGGACGCCAAGGUCCCGAGAACGGAGAACUUCAAUCCCGACAAGCCCUCUGGCGCCGACUGGAUUCGCCGCCAGCCCAAGCUGACGGAUGAGAACGUGGCAUACAACGACAAGCACUACCAAGGACGUCUCCGUGCCCUGCAAGCAGUCGAUGAGCUUGUCGAUGGCCUCGUGGAAAGAUUAGAGAACCAUGGUAUCUUGGACAACACCUACAUCUUUUACACGACAGAUAACGGCUACCACAUUAGCCAGCACCGGCUGCAGCCCGGUAAGGAGUGCGGGUACGAGGAGGACAUUAACAUCCCUCUCAUUGUUCGUGGACCCGGUGUUCCCAAGGGAGGCGUGACUGAAGCCGUCACGGCGCAUGUUGACCUCGUCCCUACGAUCCUAUCACUAGCGGGUGCGCCGUUGAGAGCCGACUUUGAUGGAGCGCCAAUCCCGCUCUCGGCAACGGACCUGACUGAGUCUCCACUCACCCGCGAGCAUGUCAAUGUCGAGUAUUGGGGCUGGGCCAUCACUGAGAGCAAGUUCGGCUUCAAUGGCGAUGAUACAAAGCGCAUCUUCAACAACACCUACAAGGCACUCAGAGUUGUCGGCGAGGGCUACAACCUUUACUACUCGGUUUGGUGCACCAAUGAGCACGAGCUUUACGAUAUGACUACCGACCCCGGUCAGCUUCACAACCUCUUACACACCGAUGAAGCUGCCCUGGCAGCACGCGCAACCAUUCUUGGCUACCCUCUCAAGAAGGUCCUGCCCAGACUCGACUCCCUCCUAUUCGUUCUCAAGUCUUGCAAGGGCACGACCUGCUCGCAGCCAUGGAAGGCCCUCCACCCUACAGGAAACGUCGGCAGUCUGCUUGAAGCCCUCGCACCGCGCUUCGACGAGUUCUACAUCCAGCAGACUCGUGUGCAAUUUGACCACUGCGAGCUAGGACACAUUAUCGAGGCUGAAGGGCCGCAAUUUGAGCAUGAUGGGGCUGUGUACUGGAAGGGUUCCAGAUGGAGUGACUGGACUUGA